UCAAUGAAAACCGUCAGUUAGAAUAGCCGGGAAAGUCGAGCUUCGAAGUAGUGACGUACCAAGCAGCGCCCAAUGGCAUGCCCGGCUUGCUAUUGAUUGCUUGGGAAAAUGGCAGAUCUGUGAAAACAUAUGGAGUGAACCAAGCCAGAAUCCGCAACAUGAAAUUCGCUUUUAUAUGUAUCGCCGCCGUCAUAUCAUGCAGUGUGUGUGCUUCUGGUGACCUGGAAAUCUAUCCCGGUUUAAAAUACAAUCUCAACAGGGAAGAACGGAGGACCCUCCUGGAAAGCUACGAGGACCCGACCUACGACCCGGACGACAAGCGAUACCCUUGGCAAAACGACCCUUUGGAGGCCUACAGAGAGAUCGACCUUCCCGAAAUAAUCCGCCAGCUCUACGGCAACGACUUCGAGAAGCCCCAUUCGAGGCACAUCAACCACCAGCCUCACUAUGAAACUCCGAGACACCACUAUGAGUUCGGGGAGGUGUACAAGCAGUUCAAAGACUCCAGCAAGCCCUACCACAAGGGUUACGGCUUAGGUAUUCCCAACACGCAGAUUCUGGAUGACGUGAGGAUGUACCCGCAAGAAGACGAUUUCAGUUUUAAGAGCGAGGACGACGGUCAGAAGGUCUAUGGUCAGCCUAGUUUGGAGGAGCAGGAGAGGAUGUUGUCGAUGGAGAAAAUUGGUUUGAGUGACGGCGGAGAAGCUUCAGGAGGUGGCAUGCACCACGAGUACAGAGAAACCAAGUUGACAAGCGAAGAGCAGUUUCCUUCCGGGCAAUAUAAGUAUGCCAGAGUUGCUGAUGAUCCUUCUGAGUUUGCCUACCCGCCGUCUGAUCCGAGGUUCUUCGGAAAACAAGAUUCUACAACCAGUUUAGACUCGAAGGAGCAAAAAACCGAAAAACUGACCGACACGAACACCUCGGAGAAUCCCUUCAAAGUGAAGCUGAGGAGCGACCAAGUCCUGAGGAGUGAGGGUAGGGGGCAAGUGGACAACUUGAGUUUUAAAAGCAACGGAGAACUGCUGUCUCGGAAUGGGGUGGACGUGGUUGCGGUGAAGCCCAGCAUGUCGGACGUCAAUUCUGCUGGCGUUUACAUUAUCGCAAUUGUAGCUGGAAUCAGCGCAGCUGCCACGGUCGGACUGAUCGCAGUCGCCAUUGGAUGGUACAACUUGCAGAAACACGUGAAGAAUGCUUCGGAUGUCGAAUAUCCGGCGUACGGCGUCACUGGGCCCAACAAGGAUAUAUCGCCGUCGGGAGACAGGCGGCUGGCCCAAUCGGCCCAAAUGUACCACUACCAGCACCAGAAGCAGCAGAUCAUAGCCAUGGAAAGGGCCCCACCAGGAGACAGACACGGCUCUGUAUCAGAUGCAGACAGCGAUGAGGAAAAUGAAGAGGGCGACUACACCGUCUAUGAAUGUCCAGGAUUAGCUCCAACCGGAGAAAUGGAAGUGAAGAACCCUCUCUUCCAAGACGAUCCCACGCCUGCGCAAACACCAGCCAUCCAACCUAACGAAGAGAACAAGUAAAGUGACCAGACAGAAAUAACAAUAUCACCCUUCAAGUUUGUGUACAUUAUCCUUUAAACCAAUUGAUUAUCCCUAACCAUGAGUAUUUUAGAGAGUGUUCAUAUAGUUUAUCGUUUAACGAGAUUUUAUUAGAGAUUAAAUAUAGACAAUUUGAAUUAUUUGUUAUAUUAAAAUGUUGAUUAACAAUUAUAUAUAUACAUACACAAUUAUCACUGUAAAAAAAUCUACCGCAUAGAUAUCUAAAUAAUUAAUAUUUAUUGAAACUUGGCUCCAUAUGUAAGUGUACACAUAUAAUCAAAAUAAAUUAUUGUAAUGCAACUGGAAACUGUGUUUCAUUUUGACAGAGGUAUAAUUUAUUUUGAUGGUGUGUACAUCCCUACUUUAUCUGAAGACUGAUGAAGAGAAUUAGCGUAAUGUGAUUUUGAGUUGAUUCUGAUGAAUUGAAAGGGACGCACUUUAAUUAUUGUUAAUACACGCACUAGUCUGUAAAUUAGUUUAAAUGGUAGAAAAUGUAGCGGAUUAGUUUUGAGAAAAGCAGGCGAAGUGGGCAAAAAUGUUUGUUCAGUUGAACCUCGAUAAUUAAAUUACAUACUUACAUACAACUUUUUUCAUUUCAGCUAAUACAACUAUUUAUGUCUUGAAAUAUCAACAACAAAUUUCUGUAAGAGUGAAAUGACGAUUAAACUCGCUCAUCUUCAACGUGACACAUAAACUUCAAAUGAGGCUCAAAUCUGCAGAUCGUUGGGCUAAAAUAUAUAAAUCUCUUUUAUAUUUAGUUCUUUUUGUUUGUUCGUCGAUGAAAACAAAUUGACUGGACGAAAACGGAUUCGGCAAAUAACGCUACAUACCAAACUGCAAAAUUCUUGAGUAAAUUCUCUCUACUUUAGAACUAUUUAGGAGAUAUCUCAAUCACUGUUCUACUUUAGGCUCAUUUCCAACGCCAUACCUCCCCGUCGCAAACUACAUCGGGUACUGUCGUUCACGAUCGCACGGGAACCACAAGCGCGCUUUAUUUAAAUUCACUUGGAGGGCUUUAUUGAACUACGAACUAUACUUUACAUAAUAUAAUUUAUUAAACACGUUAACCAAUUAAAUGAUUAAAAAAACUCAGUAUAGUGGAUUUAAGUUUAUUAAUACUGGUAUGUAUUCAUUGAAUAAAACAGGAUCCUUACAAACAUGUUUUGUCCACUUGGCCUUUAAGUAUUACAGUUUUGUUUUAUGGGUUGAUAUUCGAUACCUAGAGUUAAAUUUUGGUAUAACUCACGCCCCAGUGUUGCCUGAAGGCAUAGUUUUAAUUUUUUCUUUCUUUAUUCAGGUAUUUUUCCACCUGUGGAAAAAAUUUAACAAUUAGUGAAAUAUUCACACCAGAAAGAUCAGUCAAGGUUUAUUUUGAUUAGGCACAAAGCCCCAUUGUAUAAAAAAUCCUGAAAAAAAUGCGUUUUCAUGAUUUUAAAAAGUCCAUAUAAAAUAAACACGAUUUGAUUUCAGUUUUUCAUAAUUGUUUUCAACUUCCUUAUUUUUGCGUUUUCUGUGACCCUCAUUGCAGAUUUAUCCAGCAAAGAAAAAGAAAAAACAUAGCUUUAAAAAAUUACAAAACUUUUACCUGCAUGUCUUUGUUUCGUUGACAAUUAAUUCAUAGAAAAAUACUGUAAUUACAUGUAUUUAAUAAAAUAAGGGUGCCAUUGUCCAUUUUUAUUUUGACGACAUUCUAUUAUUAUUUUAUAGAUUCCUGUUAGUAUAUAGGUAUGAGUUCGUAAAACUCUUAGAAUAUAAUAUUUAUUUUUUUAAGCUUCAUUCUGAUCUAUACAUAAUAACAUAGGAUUUAAAUAAUUAUAAAAAAACAAUCCAUAUAUGUAUAUGAUGACAUUAUCAUAAAAAUAGAGUAAUAUAUCCCUUAAAAAACUAGCAGGAUCCUUAAAUGCACCUUAUAUUUUGAAAAUAGUUUGGUUCUCGACAACUGCUUCAAAUUAUAUUUUAUAUUUUAGUGAAACCUUUUGUUUUAUUACGGUUUUAAAGCACAAUAUCCUAUUGAAUUGGCUAAUAUAAUUUUUUCUAGAGCAUGGCUGAAAAAUAUAGGCUAACUGGAUGCUUUUGAAAUACAUUGUGCAUUUAAAGUUUCCAUCAGUAUAGUUUAAGCAAAUUAGAAUAGAAGAAAUAUGUAAUAUAAUACAAGCUGCAGCAUUAAAUAAUGUUUUGGAGAAUCAGUACUACAACAUAUAGAAAUCUAUAUAAUUAUCAAUGCACAUUAUUUUGAUGAGAAAUAAAUUAAUUUUAUUUUA